GUAACGUAUUAAAGUUGCUGGCUGCAGUCCCGAGGCACAAUGUGUGGAUCAGGUUCAUCUGACAGACCUGCACUCUGCUUCACUCCUGCGCUCGCACAGCCUGCUGCUCUCGUGUAAGUACUGCAGGUCAGCUUUUAGAGGUGAUGAGGGGAGAGAUGGGUCUGCUGGUUGAAUAGCUCACCGGGACUUAUGAAUGAACACACAUCACUGACAGCGGGGACAGAGAGAGGGAGAGCGUGUUAUUGCUUUCGGAGGUUCCUGUCCUGGUGUAACUGUCGGAGCACAAUGGCGGCAUUCAAAGGGAUCUGGACCAAGGACUUCUGGAGGGCUGUAUCCGGGGAGUACCUGGCCACUCUCAUCUUUGUCCUCCUCGGCCUGGGCUCCACCAUCAACUGGGCCGCGGGGGAGGAGAAGCCCCCCCCAGCCGACCUGGUCCUUAUCUCGCUGUGCUUCGGCCUCAGCAUUGCCACCAUGGUGCAGUGUUUUGGUCACAUCAGCGGCGGACACAUCAACCCAGCUGUCACCGCAGCCAUGGUCGUGACGAGGAAGCUGAGCCUGGCGAAGGGGUUGUUCUAUGUGGUGGCUCAGUGCCUAGGAGCUGUUACAGGAGCAGGGAUCUUAUACCUUGUCACACCCGCUGCUGUCAGAGGGUCAUUCGGCGUGACCACGGUGAACUCCAGCAUCUCAUUAGGACACGGCCUACUGGUGGAGCUCAUUAUCACGUUCGAACUGGUUUUCACCGUCUUCGCCACCUGUGACCCCAAACGCACCGACCUAGGUGGCUCCGGUGGCUUGGCCAUCGGCUUAGCUGUGGCAAUUGGUCACUUGUUUGCAAUUCCUUACACAGGAGCCAGCAUGAACCCUGCUCGCUCCUUCGGGCCUGCAAUGGUCACCCUCAACUUCGAGAACCACUGGGUGUACUGGUUGGGGCCCAUGCUGGGCGGCAUACUGGCUGCCGGCCUGUACGAGUACCUGUACUGCCCGGACCCUGAGCUAAAGAAGAGGCUGAAACACAUCUUCCAGAAGGACCCGUCGGGGAAAUACACGGAGGUGGAGGCUGAGGACAUUUCCAUCAAGCCGGGCUCCAUCCACACCAUCGACCUGGAGAAAGCCGGGAAGAAAGAUCCCUUCCAGGAGUCGGCGGGGGAGGUGCUGUCCUCUGUAUGACUAUCACGUGCACUGGAAAUGGAGACCAAUCUGUAGACCAGAUAGACAAUCAAACUUUGGAAUAUCCAUCCUGACCCCCCCCCCCCCUCCCCUAAGAUGACUUUGUCCUCAUUACAGCAGAAUAUGAUUUGCAUCACGAGACGUCGCAGCAGGGCUGAAUCCCUCUCACCGUCAUAAAGCUAAUAUGACGUUACGGCUCAAUUCCACAAGCAUCGUGCGGCGUGUUCGAUGCUGCUCCUGAGGGGCCGGUGUGAUGAUGUGGCGGUGGCAGCAUUGCACACCGACAGCCCCACAAUACAUUUUGUCGGAGGGACCUUUGCUGGGCCAACCAAUUAGGUGAGGGUCAUCUCGCUGCACUGGAGAAGUGAAGAAGAAAAUGCAGCCUUGUUAUUUUUGGAUUAGUGUCACAUUCGGUCCGUGUACUGUAUACGUAGUACCAGGUUAGAUGUUUCUGUGUGAUCACUAAGCACAUUACAGGUCCCGGGUAAAAUAGGAGCCAUCUUUGACGAUCGUUAUUAUCCCAGUUAUAUUACAGUGGUCUACAUUUUCAGUGCAUUAGGAUCAGGGAAGUAACCAACACAUCUUUGUGGAAACAUUGUGCCGUGGUUUAUUUCUGCUUUUUGACGCUCUUGAUGUCACAAUGAUGUUUUGUUUUGUUUUUAUAAAAUGUGAUCAGAAGGUGUUUUUAUUUUUUUAGAUCCAAAAUUGCUUCUUGUUAUAAGUUUCUUAUUUCUGUAUGAUUUGCCGUUAAUCAAACAUAAGCGUUUCAUUUAUUGAAAACGCAUUUGGCUGAUUGUUGUAACUUUGAGCUCAAACGCAGUAUUUCUAAGUUAUGCUUUCAAACUGGAUCUGCUGCAAGACAUAAAAGAAGAUAUGUUAAAUUUUCUUUUUGGCUGUUUAACAUUUCUGAAGCGAAACGCUUCACAGAUCCACCGCAGCCUCCACAUGUUCAUGAGAAAUCUGGUGACACCUACAAGGUUUUUCAAUUGAGUCACUUGUUUCUCCUGCGAGCAGCUGAGCACUGGGGAGACGAGUGGUCCAGAUCGAUGAUAGAUUGGCUCAUCUACUCAGAUGAUGUCUCCCUGCGGCCACAUAAAUGUCCACAUUGUGUGCUCCUCGUGAGUUAGGUCUCGAGGAAUGGCUCCGUAUAAUCUCAUCCCAUCAGGCACUGAGCAGAGAAAAUGAUGCCACUUUGGGAUACCAAACAGCUCUCACUUUUAAAGGAACAGGUGUGAUUCCAUCUUUUUUUCUCUGGGAUGCAGAGGAAAUGAUGAGACCCUCUCAUCCUGCUGCAGCAAGUCUUCUACACAAGUGUGAUUUGGUUGCAAGGCUAAACAGCCACCGUGCAAGAUGGUAUUUACCUCCUACAUUUCCCAUCGCACCCUUUUCCCCAAACAUGGUGCAAAUUCGUUUCUUUUGUGUCACAACAGCGUCCCUUACUGGCCGCAUUGCGCAUCGCACAAUGUGCAAUAAUGAUCCCAUCUGCAUUUCUCCAGGGGAGGGCAGCCACGAGCCUUGGAUGGGCAGGUUCUUCUGCAGACACCAGUCAGUUUUAUUCAUUCAGGUCUGAGACACUUUUCAUUUGAAACUGGUGCAAGCCAUUAACUCAGAACCCCACUGGAGGAUUAAGUGUUACGCAGCCCUGCAACAGGGACCCAGUGCUCAAGUGGGAGCCAAAGCAAGUUAAUACUGAAAGAGUUCUUUCUUUCUUUUUUUUUGUCCAACUUUGUAUUCUUAGCAUUUUUACAAAUUUGUGACAGUAUGUGAAUUGCUUUUUUUCUCUGGAGCUGCCUAAAUUGAGUUGCAUCCUUCGUGCUUCCCUGUAUUAAAGAUGAAACUCCUGAACACUUA